AUGACGCAGCAGGUCACCGAGGCCUUCGACUGGGGUUUCCAGCGCGACUCGAAGGCACAGCUUGCCUAUGAGGCCCCCAAGAAGGUUCUGCCGACCCUCGGGCAGCACGGGGACAACCCUUCGGAGGGGCUUCGCCGGCGAGGCAACACAGUAGCGAUGCCCGAGGACACGCCGACGCCCGUCGAGAAGCCCAAGCGGACCAAGGGCGAGAGGGCGCUCUGCAUGUGCGGCUAUGCGGGCAUGGUCUUUCUCGCGGCAUUCUUCGUCUGCGCCGGCCUCGGCGCAUUUGCGAUCGCACGAUUUUACAUCUACAGCCACAGCGGUCUGAUGCUCAGCUUGGGGCACUACUUUGAACCGUACUCGCACCUCCCGCCGCUACAUGGAGUCGAUGUUGCAGUCAACUACCACAGGGUGCGGGCGGAUCGAGCCGCCAAUGCGAAGAACGAGGUGCUGCUUGCGGGCGAGCGCGCGCGUGCGACCAUCGCCGAGCAGGGCAAAGAGGCUGGCGGGUCGGUCGCCGUCGCAAAGGCGGCGCGGAGCUGCAGCGGCCACCGCUUCCUCGUGCUGCUCGCCGUGCUGUCCGUCUCGAUCCACCUAACCCUGUACCUCUUCGCGUCGCGGCUGGGCGAGGUGCUCGCUGCGGGCAAGCAGGCCGCGGCGACGCAGCGGCUGGUGGACCCGAGCGACAGCCGCGGCUCGGGUGGGGUGUUGCCGCUGCGGCCGCCGCCGGGUGCUGGCUCGUCCGUCGGCGGGUGCGAGGAGAGGAAGGGCCUUUCGGUGCUGCUGAUCCACGAGCACCACCUCAAGGCGAUCGGCUCCGACCUGCGGCUGCUCGGCCUCCUCCUCCAGCUGCGCGAGCAGGGCCACCGCACCUCGCUGCUCUUCCGCGGCAGGACGCCGCGCGAGGAGCGGUCGCCGCCGACGAGCGAGCUGUACCGGAUCAUCGGGGCGGAGGACCUCGGCGACCCGCUCGCGCUCGGCGGGCAGGCCACCCCACGCACGCCGCCUUCCAUCUACGAGAUGCAGGACCUGCACGGCCUCGUGGCGCUCGCAAAGCAGGGCUGGUUCGACGCAGUGCUCUGCACGUUUUGGUUCUGGCGCGACCCGGCGCCUUCGGCGGCGGAGCUGCUGCUGCCGACGCUGCUCACGCACGCGCCGGCCGGGAGGAGGCCUUUCGUCGCCGUCCUCUCCGACGACGCCCACUCGGCCAAGGCUGCGAUGAUGGCGGGCUGGGAGCACGUCGAGGAGCGAAAGGCGCUCUGGAGGGGCAAGAUGCACUCGCUGCCGCCGCGGCAGCACGCAGUCUACUCGCUCGCCGACGCGGCGGCCUUCAACGGGACCGCCCGCUACUGGCGCGUGGUGCGCAUGUCUCUCCGCUCCUUCACGCGCGAGGGCGGCGCCGACGACGGGCUCGAGUCGAUCGACGACGCAGCAACCCGCCCGGCCACCACGUGUGGGGGCGGAGGGGGCGGAGGGGGAGGGGGCGGAGGGGGCGGGGGCGGAGGGGGCGGGGGCGCGGGCUGGUCGGCGGGCGGCGUGCCUUGUGUUGGGUUCGUGGGCAACGGCGUGACGCCGACCAACCACCUUGCGAUCGAGUGGUUCCUCGACCAGGCGCGGGGCUGCCGAGUCUGGCCCGGCUUGCGCGCCAAGGUGCUGCUCGAUAAGGACCUGCUGUCGCUGAUUCUCGGCAAACUGGAGGUGACCGACCUUGCCGCGGCGAAGGUCUGCACGUCGUGGCGCGCGUGGUGGUGGGCCACAAAGUCGCGGCGGACGCCGUGCUUGCGCCUUGGGCCAAUGCCGGAACCGACAGGCGAUUCCGUCUUCGCGCGGCCGUCAUCAAGGGGGGGCCUGCUCGAGGUAGGAGUGAUCCACUCCAUGACGGCAUCGCCUGGCGGCGAGCGGCUGUACCUCACCGCGUCGCCGCCUGAUGUUGACGAACAACGUCUGCUGGUGCUCGACCAAAGCUUCUCGGUGGUUCAGACGCUCAGCUAUACGGCCCGCGGUAUCCUCGCCGCGCAGCACUGUCUGUACGCUUGGUUCGAGGAGCGACUGUUUUGCCUCAAGCUGAGAGACGACGGCUUGCUCAGUCCUUCCCUGAUGAUGAGGAAUUACAGCGAAGGGGGGUAUGGACCCGUGCUCUCCAUCGACCCCGACACACUUGCCGAGCGGUUCCGAUUUGACGCCAAGAAGCACUUCUUUGAUCAAGACCAGUUCAGCCAUUCGGGUUCUUUGACAGUGGUGGGGACAGAGCUCUAUUUCCUCGACCGCGUGUCGUUCCCGUGGCACUGGGACGACCGGCUCGGGGAAGAUUACAGUUGCUUCCACGUCUUCUCGCUGACGGGCGAGUACUUGCGGAAGAUGCGGUUGGGCGGAGUGGAGAGCCCAGAGGCAUGCCUGUUUCUUCACGGCCGGCUGUACGUGAGAGACUCUGGCUCUGCGAGCUUCGACACGCCCCCUCGGGUCAAUCAAAAGAUCUUUGUCUUCGCCCCCGAUGGCACCACGCUGCAAUGCUACGAGCACGGACAGGUCGUUGGCGGUGAAAUGUGCUCGUUCGGAAACGGGCUUUUGGUCACGGAGUGUGAGAGUGGGGUUAGGUCCACUGGGGGAGGGGUCUAUGCCGGUAUGGUCCCGACCCACUUUGGGUUCCUGUCCGGGCUGUGA